UAUCCUGUGGAUCAUUCGUUCGUACAAAGCUCUCAGGGUAUAAAUUAAGAGCGCUAAUUCCACACCAAAGAGAGAGUUUAUCAUGUGUAUGUCGUUGGUUAAUUAGUUUAUGGCAAUAGCAAGCAUGAGCAACGAUAACGUUGACUUCGACGAGGACGACAACAGCAGCAGCGGCAGUGGCGGCAAGGAUGAGCACGAACAAGACAUAGUGAUGCCUGGAUUUCGAUUCCAUCCGACCGAGGAAGAGCUUGUGGAAUUCUACCUUCGCCGUAAGGUAGAGGGCAAGCGCUUCAAUGUGGAACUCAUUACUUUUCUUGAUCUAUAUCGCUAUGACCCUUGGGAGCUUCCUGCCAUGGCAGCGAUUGGGGAGAAGGAAUGGUUCUUCUACGUGCCUAGAGACCGGAAGUAUCGAAACGGUGAUAGACCAAAUCGUGUUACGACUUCAGGCUACUGGAAGGCAACUGGAGCCGACCGGUUGAUUCGAGGAGAGAAUUAUCGAUCCAUCGGCCUAAAGAAAACCCUAGUCUUCUACUCCGGAAAAGCUCCCAAAGGCAUCCGAAGCAGUUGGAUUAUGAACGAGUAUCGAUUGCCUCACCACGAAACAGACCGCUACCAAAAGGCUGAAAUAUCGCUUUGUCGCGUGUACAAGAGAGCCGGCGUUGAAGAUCAUCCGUCACUCCCACGGUAUCUUCAAACGAGAGGACAGCACACAGAAAAGAAACAUCCCCAGGUCCAAGAUACGGCUCAACAAGCCAUGGAAAGGUUUCAAGGCUUUUUAGGAGGACAAUCACAACAAAUAGAGAUCGGAAAGAUAAUGAAGACCGAUGGGAGCAGUAGUAGUUCUGAUGCUACACCAACUCUCGGACUUUCCAAGCAGGCUGCGUACCGUCCAAUGGCUCCCGUAAGAACAACAACACUUGGGUUACCAUCUGGAAUAGUGGAAGAGGAUGGGCUGCCCUUAACUAACCAGUCUAAACAAGGCUUCACUUCAUUACUCCCCAACUCCACGACUCUCUUUCCAACAAUGGGUUCAUCGUCGGUUUCAUCGAAUGUCGUCGACGAUCUUCAAAGGCUAGUAAGCUACCAAAUGAAUCAGCUGCAAUACUACAAUACUUAUCAUCAUCAUCAACAGCAACAACAACAAUCCGAGUUUCCGAUAUUUACUCUACAAUCACAGGCUCAGACUCAGGCUCAGGAACAGCAGCUUUCACUCAGCAUGCUACCCGCCUCACUUCCACCAACGACCUUCUCGGAUCGGUUGUGGGAGUGGAGUCCAAUCCCAGAACCAAAUAAGGAGUACAAUAAUCCUUUCAAGUAAUAGAUAUGUAUUUUAUCUCUCUACUGAUCAUAUCAUUUGUGUCUCUAGUCCUUAAUUUCUCUGCUUGUAUUUCCACCAUCUCACUGGCUAGAAUUUGAUCAAAUACAACUGUACUGAAUACUUGGUUCUCAAUUAGGGUUUUUUGGGUCCUUUUUAGGAUAGUGCUGACUCCAACUUAAGGAAGGAGCAUAUAUUUCUAUCACUUGGUGGUCAUA